AUGCCGAGUAAAGAGGAUAUAGCGGGCACGAGGAACCCGACCCAUAAUCCGAAUUCCUCCAACUUCUCCGAGUGCGAAAAAGCAGCCAAUAUUCUAGAUUCCUUCAUCAACCCCAAAGUCGACGAUGGCGGUAUUCCUCGCAAGAUUCUAACACGCGCCAAGGCGCUUAUUAUCUGCAGUUUAACCCGAUGGGGAUUCAUUGGGUCUGGACGUUUCGGCUCAGGUGUUAUUGUCCUUCGUCUUCCUAAUGGUAACUGGUCCGCACCAUCAGCUGUUAGUCUCGCAGGCCUAGGCCUCGGUCCACUUCUCGGCGUCGAGUCCACGGAUUUCGUCUUCGUGCUGAGUACCGAUGAAGCAGUGGAGAAGUUCAUCCAAUCUGGCUACAUCCAUCUAGGACUGAACCUAUCACUCGCCCUGGGUUCCGGCCGAAGUACCGAGUCCGGGGGUAUCGCAGGAUCGAAGGGAAUAUCAGGAUUCUACUCAUAUUCGAAGACGCGAGGUGUAUACGCGGGAAUCUCCGCCGAAUUCGGACUCGUGCUUGAGCGAUCGAGCGCAAAUAAGAGGAUAUAUGACCGGAAACUCAAAGCGGCGCAUUUGGCUACGGGUCAAGUUCCCGUUCCUCGAGCAGCUGAGCGUCUUAUGAGCAUUUUGAACUCGGAUGGUGUUCGGAUUACGUCGAUUACGUCCAAGAUUGCGGCAGAUAACCCUGAUGCGAGCGGUUUACAAUCUCUAGGUAGAGAGAUGCCUCACCCGCAUGAACUGGCGGAUUUGUCUAAUCUGGGUCCGGGACUCUCUGAAAAUGAUACCUCCGAAGCUCACUGGAGUGGGUUAUCUUCACCGGGUCUUACUAAACCUAGACAUUUGAAUCGGGUCCCCAGAGAACUUCAGGGUGAUACAUACCCAAGACCUGACUCCGCUGAUACGGGUAAACCCGCUGAGCCUUCUCCGGUUUUUGAGCUGGAUCCACAACAUACUUCUAUGAUCGCGGCUAGUGAGGAUUUCUCGCGUGAUGAGUCUAUGCGGUCUUCUACGGUCGCUAGCUCACAUCAUAUGUCUCUUCAGUCAUCUGUUGGGAAUCCGUUAGAACGGGAAGCUUCUUUGUUGACGACACCUGGUAUCCCUGAGAGUCCGACCAAGGAAGAGCAUCAUACUCAAGAGAGUACUGGGCAGGUAGAGACAGCCUAG